UCUCACUCAUCCCGAAAUUCAUUCAAUUUUCCUGAUUUUUCUCAUCCUGGUUUCCCUUUUUCCACUACUCCAAACAUGAUGAUCGAUCGACGAAACAAACGAAGUGUUCAUAUAUUUUUGUUACUUAUCACUUUUCUCGGAAUUUCAGGUGUUUGCUUCUGGUUUUAUAGCAAUCCCGACGAUGAUGUGUUUGAUUUCUUUCCACCUGAAGUAAAAGCCAAUCAAAGAACAGAACAGCAAAUUGCGCUUGAAAAAGUUCGACAACUACAACUGAAUGGAUUUGGAAACGUGGCGGCUGAAACCUAUUACGAUGAUCAACCAAAUAGACAUAACUCCGACAACUCACCAAAUUCGGAAUUCGAGAGCGCAAAAAUCCUUUUUCAACAAAGGAAUUUAUCGAUAAAAAGAGACAUUCCCCUGAAUGAAAGUGGUGAAAAACUGACAAUCGAUUCGUUUUAUGAUGACAAGUUGAAACAGAAGCAGGAAGAGGAACAAGUUGUCGUGCCGAGACCUGAAAUUGAUAAUGAGGAGAUAACAACAAUAAACCUUGAAGAACGAAUGAAUUCAAAGUUUGCAGAAACUGAAAAAGGUACCGAAGAUAAUCACGAGGAGCCGACUACAAUUAAAUUUGAAGAAAAUACGACGUUGAGAAACCCUGAAAGUUCUGAAAAAGAACCCAAAAUUGAUCAAAAUGAUUCGAUAACCAUUAGCUUUGAAAAAAUGUUGACUCCAAAAAAUGAAGAGUAUGAGAGAGGCGCAGAAGAAUCCAUCACUGCAAGUAGUGAUGAUUUCGAGAUGAUUCCAAAAAAUGAGACAGAUUCAUUGGAUAUUAUUGGAAAAUCUGAAGCAGUAAAAUCAUGGCUUGAAAAACGAAAAAAUCUCCCCAAAUCACUAUCAGAAGUAGAAUCAUCUCUUCAUGUUGAUGAAGCUGCUCAAUUAAGUCAUAAAAGAAAUCAAAUAGUUGAGCCAUCAGAUCCAGACAUUGAGAGAAGACAAAAUCGAAUGCACCAGUUUAAGUUUUAGCUAAUUUUUGUUGGUUUUUUUUUUGGAAAUUGUAUGAAAAUACUUGAAUUAAAUCUUAAAUUUAUUAA